AUGUUUUCGACCAGCAACCGCUUGCAGAAUUUGUUCGGAUUCUUCACCACAGUUGCUCUAGUACUCGGGGCUUUAAUCGCUGCCUCUGACCUACUAGCACCGCGAACUCCUCGUGCAAGUUUAUCUUUGAAGGAUGUAAAUGUCAUCAGGGGCCGACCCAAUCACUAUUCAACUAAACGCGAGGACUAUGGAGUUAUUCGUUUCUCGCUCUCAGCCGACUUAUCUUCGCUCUUCACGUGGAAUACCAAGCAAGUCUUUGUCUACGUAUCAGCAACAUGGCCAAACUCUACGUCAAGCCAGGUCUCAAAUGAGGUCGUAAUCUGGGAUAGCAUUAUAACAAACCCGAGUGCCGACCACCUAUUGAACGUUGGCCCUGCCACGAAGCAAAAACUGAUAAAGAGCUCUCAAGGAUUAAGCAUUGACCCCCGCCGGGGUAAGUUAGAGCUCAGAAAUCAACGAGCAAAGUAUCAUAUUACUACACCAACCGGCAGACUGGCAGAUACAAAAAAUGUGACCUUGAGAUUACAUUAUAACGUGCAGCCCUGGAUAGGUGUCUUGACUUGGACACCCAGCAUCGAAUUUGGACGAUGGAAAAAGAUGAAUGGUGGUAUGAGCAAGGCAUUUAAAUUUCCGGCCAUAAAAGCUACUGGGGCUAGCAAAGCCUAA